UAAAAUUUAUUCCCAGGUACUGUCAGUGUGAUCGGUUUUGUCGAGGUACGCAUUAACAGCGCACCCUGUCGACGCAUUUGGAUACUGUCUAUGGAUCGAUUGUGAGUGUUUUCCCUUAAAUUGUAAUGGAGCUGACCGAGGAACAGAAGCAGCGGAUAGAGAAGAAUAAGCAAGAAGCCCUUCUACGACGUAAACAAAGCGAAGCCAGACUGCAAGCCCAGCGACAAUUGUCCGCUGUCUCGAUAUCGACAGGACAACCACAACAACACCCUUCAGGACCGCCGCUCCCUCAACCGCGUCCUGCUUUUAGCGGACCGAGAGUACCAUUUAAUACUGUUCAUUCAAUCGCUCCGAUCAGUACUGGCGUGAUUGAUCCUCUGGUCCGCCCCCAUGCCUCAGCGUCCGCAUCUUUUCCAAACGGAUCAGUCACACAGUCUGUGGCGCCAGCACCUGUGCAGUUCAGACCGGUAACCGGUCCGCGACUGCCACAAUGCUCGGAUUAUCCCCGACAGCCUCCUCCAAAACCUCUUCCUGUUCGCAAAGUCAAGGCAUCGGCUGUGGUGACGUCGAAGAACCGUGUGGAAAUCCAUAGUCCAUACUGCGCGCAGUUGAUCGAAACGUUCAAGCGCUUCAAAACGAAGCAAUAUGACACAGCGAAACGCAUCUGGUCGUUCGAAUUCUCAGACUACGAGACGCUGGAACGGACGAUCCGCACGGAGUUGGGGAAUUAUGUGGAGUUUGAAGGAUUGGCGCGGUUUGUCGUGGAUAUUCUCGUCAAAGGCCGCCAUAAGCGGACGCCCGCUCAAGAUGUGGAUUUGGCCGAGAAGAUUCCCGACAGUCUGCUGCUGCGGUUACUGCCUUAUCAAGUGGAGGGAGUCACGUUUGCUGUCAGAAAUGGGGGACGGAUUCUCUUGGCGGAUGAUAUGGGUUUGGGAAAAACCGUACAGGCGAUUGCGACGGCAGCGUACUUUAAAAACGACUGGCCUGUUCUGUGUCUUACUCCCAGUUCCGUGAGGUUUGAAUGGAGAGAACAGUGGCUUAGGUGGAUUCCAACGCUGAAACCGCAAAAUAUCGUCGUAGUGACGAACAGUAAACAGUCUGAUCAGUUGGCGAAUGCGCAUGUUGUAAUCACCACUUAUGAUCUCCUUGUCUCAAUGAAAAAGCAUUUUCUGCCCCACACAUUUCCAUUUCUGAUCUGCGACGAAUCUCAUGCCUUGAAAAGUUAUAAAGCUCAACGUACCAAAGUGGUGUCUGAAGUUGCGAAGAAAGCUGUCCGGAUUUUGCUGUUGUCGGGCACCCCUGCUUUAUCCCGGCCGGUGGAAUUGUAUUCCCAAAUCGAACUGCUUGACCGGACCAUUUUUAGAACAUUCCCCGACUAUGCCAAACGCUACUGCGAUGCACACGUAGGAAGUUUUGGGCAUAUGGAUUAUUCGGGUAUGUCAAAUGUGGAAGAAUUGCAAUUGAUUCUGGAGGCCACGGUAAUGAUACGCCGAAUGAAGAAAGACGUUGCCAGUCAGCUACCCGACAAGACUCGGAGUAUAGUGGUGUUGGAUCCGGGGAAGGUUCAGUUCCCAUCCGAGUUGAGCUCAUCGGCAGAGAGUUUUCGAGAAAUGCAGUCGCACUCAGCAUCAUAUGCACAAAUUCGCAAAACUCUGCUGACUUACUUCCAACAUACGGGAAAAGCCAAGCUGCCGGCUGUCGUUGAUUAUUUAAAGGAUCUGCUGGAGGAGAAUAGUUCCUUAAAAAUGGUAAUUUUCGCUCAUCAUACGCAAGUUGUUAAAGAAAUUCACGAAUCCCUUGGCGGUGAUAGCCACGGCAUAACCAUCGACGGAUCUACACCGACCGAAACAAGAAAACAUCUUUGCGACAAGUUCCAGCGCGAUAACACAUGCCGGAGUGCUGUGUUGUCCAUAACAGCUUGCUGUACCGGCAUUACAUUGACGGCCGCUUCCUUGGUUGUCUUUGCAGAGUUGUAUUGGAAUCCCGGCAUUCUAGUGCAGGCGGAAGAUCGCCUUCAUCGAUUGGGUCAACAGAACAAUGUUAUGGUCAGGUAUCUUGUCGCGAAGCAGACGGCGGAUGACGAACUGUGGCCAUUGCUCAAAAGAAAACUGGAAUUUUUGAACGAUGUUGGUCUGAGCACAGACAAUUUUAACAAUAUAAAAACUACAAUACAGCAUGCUGAGGUGGACUCAGCUAAACUGGAAAAAGCUUUGGAAGAUGAAGGUGACGGCGAAAACGGGCCACCUUUCAAACGAACGCGGACAGACGAAAACAUUGAUAUGACGGGUUUCGAUAGUCCGAUGGAAUGAGUAUUUUCCAAUUCUUUUCUGAGUAUGGAGUUGCUUGUACAGUUUUUAGUUUUGACUGGGAACAGAGUUAGUCGGGCAGAAAGGCGGAUUGUGCAUGUCGAAUCUUACAAGUUCAUAUUUUCGCAAUCAGCCCGCUGCAUGCUAUGGGUAGGAUUGUUUUGAAUUCUUAUUGUACGAGUAAAAUAACAACAUCUCUGUGGAAAUCAUGUUUGGAAUUGGAAUG